CUCUUAAGCAGAUCAUGUUCUUCGUCAUAGGCUAACAAAAAUUACCUUGUGUAAUGUUACGCUUCCUUCUCCUCCUCCUCCUCCUCCUUCUUCUCUCCUCUCCUCCUGAUCAUCAUCUGUUGCUGUCUGUUUCCAGUUGCAUUUUCUAAACCCUUCACUGUUCCACUCAAGUGCUUGUUUUGGUGAUAAAGGUGUGGUGGGUGAGAGUGUUGGGGAGGAUUGAAGUGGUGGGGAUCGAGUGAGUGGUUUUGUGGAAGCCCCUGGUGAACUGUUGUUACCUUGGCGGGGGAAGGAAUGUCGCCCCCUGACCCCCAUCUCCCACCGAUCCCCGUGACCCUGACAUGUGACCAGCGGUGGGGGCGGUGUAAGUAGGGAUGGGGUGCAUAUAAACAGAAUAUUUAGUGAGCAGGAAAUUGAAUUAAGUACGUAGUGAGGCCACUUGUGUGUUUUCCGUGUGUGAAUAACACGUGUUUUGAUUGUUGCCUCGUUUGCUUGACGUGCCUGCACUUAUGCGUGUCUGCCUGCUUGUUUGGAUGUAGUUGAGGUGUGUGUGUGUGUGUGUGUGUGUGUGUGUGUGUGCGUGUGUAGGGCACGAAGCCAUUGUAAGCCUCGUCGCGACAUGUGGCAACAACACUGAAGUGCUUCUCUGGCAGGUGGUGGUGACCUGGGUGGCGCUGCUUCCUUACGCCUCGCCGGCAGUCCAGUGCCUGCCUGCUGCCCUCCCCGCCAUAGAGGCCUCAGGGACGUUGACGAGUUACUUAUGGAAAAGUGAAGCGCGACUUCCAUAAUCUUCUUUUCAAGGAGAAAAGAACAGAAAAAGGAGGAAGAAAAAAAGGAGGCUACUUAAAGGUUUCUUCUCAAAGAUACUCCCCCAUUCUUAGCAGCGACCAAGAUGGUGGUGAGUGUCGCGAGCCACUCUUGGCGUGGCCAGGGCGCGGUGCAGGGCGUUGGCGUGCGGCGGCCGCGGUGAUGACGGGGGCGUGGUGGCGGACGCAUGCUGAGAGCGUGACCGCUGACCACAUUGCGAGGAGCAGGACGCAACAAACUAAAACCAAAGAAAACUUGCAAAAGAUUAGCAAGCGUUAAGACGACCCAAAGUGGUGAAAAUUACUCCAUCUAAUCCAAUUGCUAUCCUUCUGGAGCCCACGCAGAGGCCUGGUAGUGCAGUGCAGGCUUGUGUAACUGUGAAGAAACGUCUCUAGCGUGACUGUGGCGAGCUGAUCACCGUCUUGUUGUGUCCAAGAGGAAAGCCCAUGGAGCUGAGGGGCUGAGGGCGACGCGGCUCCUCCGAGCGGUGGUGCUUGAUUAACACAGUGCCACGCAGGACAAGAAAAAGAGUGAAGCAGAGAAAACACUUGCUACUUCUCUCUCACACCUUCCCCGGAGACUUGGGUAGGCGUGUAGGGACUAGAAAGAGAGGCUGGAAGAACGAUGAGGCAGACGACUUACAGUUCCGACGCCUCAAAACUCAGUUGUGAACACCUGCCUGUAGCUCCUCCAUAACCCCUGAACACCUACCAUGGCCGCCGAGGCACCAGCGAGGAGUUCUUCCUCCGAGGAGACGGCCACAGCAUGGGCGUGGGUGUGUGCGGCGUGGGCGGCAGUGUGGACGCGCCUCUUUUCCUACCUGGCCCUGGCGUGGCUCUACGUGUGGACAGUGUUGCCUCUGUGGAAGAGGGAGAAGAACCUGGCGGAGUGGGUGCGUCGAUGCGUCCCGUCACAGCCUCUGGAGGAUCUGCAGCGGGACCUGGCGGACGGCGUGGUGCUUUGCGGGCUGCUGGAGGCUGUGCUGCCCGGGGCGUGUCCAAGAUUUGACCUCCUGGCGAAAAACAACCCAGAGAUCAACUUUCGCAUCGCCUCGCGCCUCGCUGCCACCUUCCUGGGAGUGACAGAGGAGGCAACAGGCAGCGGUGCAGCGCUCACACAGUUCCUGCGGGCGGUGCGUUAUGCGGCUUUACGGCGUCAAGUAUUGGGGGGUCCGCCCCUCACACAGGACACCGUCGCACAAACUCUCGGGAUCAACCAGGUAGUGGUGCGGGGCAUGGGACUACAGCUGGGCUUGGUGGGGCGCUGGGCUAGGUUUACUUUGUAUAUGGACAACGGCAGUGAAGGGAGCCUGGUGGUGGAAGUGUGUAGUGAUCGGGGGGAAUACGGCUGCUGCCGCGUCACGGGGUCUCCAGGGGCGACAACUGCAAAGGUGAAAUCUCAGGCACACCAACAAGUGCCUCUGGAGUGUGACGUGCAGGGGUGCAAGGUGCGAGUAGCGUGGCUCCCCAUGCAGCAAACGCGGUAUACGCUGGUGCUCUCCAUAUAUGGACAACACAUCCUCAGCUCACCUUACACUGUCCACGUGGACGAGUCGCAGCACUCUUCACCGGCCCGCAAGUGGCAACUCAUUCGACACGUCUGGGAUAGUGACUCCGAGUCGGAAUACGAGGGUAUAUUGGUGCCCCCUGACAAGGAGUCCGCCUUGACGAGUCGGGAACAGGCUGGGGCGCGCAGGUUCCUCAGCAUCCUGCGGCGCCGAGUGGUGCGGCGAGUGUUGCACAUUGGUGACCACCACGUGGUACUGCGCGGCUCUGAGUGCAUCGACCGCUCCUCCAGGGCCCGCGAGGCACUCCAGCACAUGAGGAAGUCCGCGGAGAGUCUGGACCUGGAUGAUUUCGCUCCUCGGGAGGCCUCUUCGGCCCCGCCUUCCCGGCGCCUCUCCCUGCAAUGGGAAGUUGGCGUCUCAGUUGGGCCCAUUGAGGAAAAGACAAAGGAGGAAGAGGAAUCUGUGCAAGAAGGAGACUGUGACCACAACUCAUAUCUUCAAGAAAAUAUUGCAAAUAGUAUUGAGGGAGUGGAUGGGGAGGCAGUAAAGGAGGUGGCGUCAGAGAUGCCCACUCUUGAGGCCACGCCACAGAGUUCUGAUACUCCUGAAAUAUUGAUGCUCACAAACAAGACAGAACUUACGCCAACUGAUAUAUUAGUUGACCCUGACUGCCACGACCACCACAGGGAGACAAGCGACUUUCCGAUUUGUUCCGCGGAAAACUGCGAACCUCUGGCAGAGUCACCACAAGGCACAGGCAGCCAUAUACAGGAACCACUUGAUGCAACGACCACCACACACACAGCAGGACCAGUGACGGAGGCGGCUCUCUCGGCAGCAGAAGAGGCGGCGCCCACAACAGUGACAAAGGCGGCGCCAGCGGCAGCGGAAGAGGCAACAUGCAUGUUAACAAAGGAGGUAACGUCCACGCCAGUGACGGAAGUGAAUAAUAGUUAUCCUGCUGCUUUACGCCAAAUAUCAAAGCCCAAGGGAAACGCAGACCGUAAAUCUCGCAGGAGACGGCGGAAGAGGCUGAAAGGAGCAUUCAGGGUAGUAACGAAAGAUUAUGACCACAUCUGCACCAUAAUCAUGAACAUGUGUGACUUCAUCAUCGAGCACAGCCCCAGGAAGGAAGCGCUCAAGGCGGUGCGGGUGGCCUCGCGGAUCCUUGGCUACGGUUUCAGUGACACCUCAGAGUCCUCUUACUCCCACGACUUGUCAGGUGAGGAGGAAGAGCAAAACAGUAUUGUGGACGAUGAAAUUCUAGAAUCUGUUGUAGAGGAGUGGGGGGCAGUGCUUGUCAGACAAGGGAGCGGCGACCACGUGGUCGCCACAGAACAUGACGGUGAAGAGGCAAAGAUUAUAGAUGUCUCGGAACUUGAAGAAAAUUCUUUUGAGGACUCCAUCUCUCCUGUGACUCUGAUCAUCCCUGAAGUGGUGGUGGUGCCACAGGAGGACACACUGGCAGAGAGAGUUCCUGAUGACAAUGGCAGCCAGCUGCUACCUGAGCUAGACAGAGAUUCCUCCAUCAUGAACUACUUGCAGACCAUCGACGAGGUGACGGAGCCCAACUCCAUGGUGGAAGACAUGACCGAAGAACUACAGAAGAGGUACGAGGACUAUUUCGAUACAGAAGACAAAACUUCAUGUCAAGGAGACGUCUCUGAUGGUGAUGGCGAGGAGUGGGAGGCGGCGGCGAGCACGGCGGAAGAUCUAGUCUCCAGGUGGCCGGGAGAUUUGGGUAUAAUGGAUGAAUCAAAGAAAGGACUCCAAAAUGGAUUAAAGCCACUGCAGGACGUCUUCAUGCUCCUUCAGCCUUUGGAGGGUAGCGACGACCUUGAAGCUUCAGAAUCGGAAGAUGAAAAUAAACAUGACCAUCCUCAGAUCACAAACAGCCCACAGCACAGUACUGAAGUCCUCCCGCGCAAAGAUCUGUUAUGGUCACCACAAGAUUCGCAAGGAAAAAUGGAGGAAGCCUCACCCGUGAAUCCUUUUGCACAGACCACUGAGCCCCAGCAGGUAACUAAUAGCACUCUGAAGACUGAAGGCGAAUCUAUAUCACAAGAAUCCGUACAAUUAACAGGAGAGCAUGAACGGCUGAUAGAAGAGCCUGCACAGACAACAGACAAACCCGAACAGGUAACAGGACAGGAAACCAAAGAGAUAACGGAAGAAGAAUCUGAGGAAGUGACAAAAGAACGUGAACAGAUGAUAGAACCUAAACAUUUGACACAAGAUCCUGAACAUGUAACACAAGAACCUGAACAUGUAAUACAAGAACUUGAACAUGUAACACAAAAGCCUGAACAUGUAACACAAGAACUUGAACAAUUAACAAAAGAGCCUGAACAAAUAACAGAUGAACCAGAGCAGGGAAGAAAAAAAAAUACACAGGUAACAGAAGAACCUGUACAAGUAACAGAAAAACCUGUACAAGUAACAGGAAAACCUGUACAGAUAACAGAAGAACCUGUACAAGUAACAGAAGAACCUGUACAAGUAACAGGAAAACCUGUACAAGUAACAGAAGAACCUGUACAAUUAACAGAAGAACAUGUACAAGUAACAGAAGAACCUGUACAAGUAACAGAAGAACCUGUACAAGUAACAGAAGAACCUGUACAAGUAACAGAAGAACCUGUACAAUUAACAGAAGAACCUGUACAAGUAACAGAAGAACCUGUACAAGUAACAGAAGAACCUGUACAAUUAACAGAAGAACCUGUACAAGUAACAGAAGAACCUGUACAAGUAACAGAAGAACCUGUACAAGUAACAGAAGAACCUGUACAAUUAACAGAAGAACCUGUACAAAUAACAGAAGAACUUGAACAGACAGUAGAAAAACCUGAGCAGGUAACAGAACUUGCACAGGUGACAGAAGAGCCUCGACAGGUAACAGAUGAACCUGAACAGUUAACAGAACCUGAACCGGUUACAGAGGAAGCUGAACAGCCAACAGAUAAACCUGAAUGGUUAACAGAACCUGAAGAGGUAAGAGAAGAAUCUGAAUAUAUAACAGACAAGGAAUCCCAACAGGUAACAGAAGAACAGCUUGAACAAAUAACGGAAUCAGAACCUGAACAACAGAUAGAAGAACAGUUUGGACAGAUAAUAGAACAAACAAUGGAACAAGUAGCGCAAGAACUUACAGAGAUAACGAAUGAGUCACAUAUAACACAACGACUACAAGGGAUCACCGUAGAAUUAUCUAAUUCAAUAAUUUCACCACAAAAGACAGAUUCACCACAAACAAUGGCACUCCAGCAAGCCCCAGACACUGUGGAGAGUGUGCCUCAGCCUGAAGCUUUGGCGCAGAUAAGAGAACCGCCGGACGCCACAGCUGGACCUCAGCCACAGGUCACAAGAGAGGUCCUGCCUUCACAUCUAGAGACUACUGGAGUCCUUAAGAGUCCUUCUGAGCCACCAUCUGAGAAGAACUUUGACUUCUUCACAGCAGGGUUCUCGAGUAACAAUAGCAAGCAGGGCGCAGGGAGGGACAAGAUUAGGCCUCAAAAAAGCCUCGCUAUACAAAAAAAAUGCCUCAUACUUAAAGAUCUCCUCAAGUUUUCCGAAGAGCAGCCCUCACUAGCGUCCCUCGAUUCCCCCAAGGAGGAGAUAUCAGGAAAUGGCGCAUCUUUGCCUGCUGCCGGAAUUCAUAUCACUACAGAAGAAACGCCAUUCUCGUCUUUGGAAGAGAAACUCGUACCAGAAAUCUCGACUCCUGUCUCCCCUGAACCACGGCGCAUCGUCAAGGGUUCGGUCUCUAAGUUCAGGACGUUGUUUGAAUCGAGGUCUAUAAAUGAAAUAUCGUUCCUGCAGAGAGAAGAGACGCCAAUCCACAAUAAAGGAGGUUCCUGCAGGGAGGUGUCUCAGAGGGAAAAUAUUGAACAACCUGUAGCUUUAAACGGCAACCAGAAAGUUCAUGUUACUGAAAGCCCUAUUCAUGAAACAGAGGAAGAGGUGGAGAGUCUCAGUGGGGGAGACAAACCUAAGGCUGUCACUGGAGUGUUGCCCAAAUUAUCUCCAGACAUGGACCUUCUGAAUCAGCUUCGAGUUGACGCAAAGUCUGGCAGCUCAGGCGAAGACGUGCCUAAUGAGACAGUGACGCAAGACGUUAAGGAAGUUGAAGACAAGGGCAAAAUACGUCCCGUCACUUCCAAAGGACAGAAUAUAUUUACCUCGAUGCAAAAGUCCUUGCAAGAUAAAAUAAAGAUGACUACCAAAAGUGAUCGUAUUCCCUACAGCAGCUACGUGCGACCUGCCAUGAUUCUGCUGGAAACUGAGCGGCGAGUGUCGCGGCUUAGGUCAGUCUUUGAACAACCUUGCGCCACCCCCGCCAAGAGAUCCCUUCCUCACAAAACAACACGGUACAUCGUCAGUGGCAGUCCGGCAGCCUCACCACCUCUUGAUAGGAAGAAUGCUUUUCCACAGGCACAUUUUGGAGAGAAAGAAGAAAUGCUUAACAAUUUAAAUGAUGCACACCCUUCAAUGCCUGAGGAUGACAUCAAGCAGCAAAGAAACACUACAGAGACCCUCGAAUAUUCAGUCUUGCAUGAGGAGCAUGAGAACGUGAGACAGCUUCCACCUGAAACAAGUGAUGGAGCUCAGCCUAAAUCAGAGGUGGAUCAGGGACGCGAGAUUUCUAUUUCACUUGAAUUUGUCUUAGAAACACAGAAAGAAGAUAAUGGAGUCUCAACAUCUUAUCAACAAGAUCAAUCUGUGCAGCAUCCACAGCCUCUGGAAGGAGAGCUUCAGAAGAAAUCCUACAAGCUUGUGGCUGCUCUGGAGACCAUGGAAAAAGAUAUCAAAGAGAUGCAAGAGUCGGUGGAGCGUCUCAAUCGACACUAUCCGAUUAUUCCCCCUGACGACGUGGACCUUCCCCGCAACCUUCAACAGCUACCUCGCCAUGGCAAGAUUGUUGCUUCAUCGCAUGAAGAAACCUUAACAGGAACAAAAUCUCUAGGCGAUCUGUCUGAAUCAAAAGAAUCCACUAAAUACCAACAAGAGGCAGAAGCUUAUGAACAAGUGCAAGAACAAAAAGAAUCUGUUGAAUAUGUAACCGAAUAUGUUAUACAGAUGAAGGAACCUGUGGAACAGCUUCAGAAAUCUGUGGAACAUUCACGACAAUCUGGUGAAAGUCAGCAAGAACCACAAGAGCAGAUGAGAGAAUUGCAAGAACCAGAAGAAUAUACUGAACUACUGCAAGAAUCACAAAUAAAUACCGAGCAGCUUCAAGAAUCCGUUGAAAAGUUGCAUAAAUCAGAACCUGUUAAACAGUUGCAAGUACCAGAAGAAAAGCUGCACAAAUCAGAUGGUGUUGUUGAACAGCUGCAGGAACAAGAAGAAUCUGUUGAACAGCUGCAGGAACAGGAAGGAUCUGUUGAACAGCUGCAGGAACAGGAAGAACCUUUUCAAAAACUGCAGGAGGAAUCUGUUGAACAGCUGCAGGAACAGGAAGACCCUGCUGAACAGCUGCAGGAACAGGAAGAACCUGUUAAACAACUGCAGGAACAGGAAGAAUCUGUUAAACAACUGCAGGAACAGGAAGGAUCUGUUGAACAGCUUCAGGAACAGGAAGAACCUGUUGAACAGCUGCAGGAACAGGAAGGAUCUGUUGAACAGCUGCAGGAACAGAAAGAACCUAUUGAAAACCUGCAGGAACUAGAAAAAACCGUUAAACAGCUGCAAGAACCAGAGGAACUUGUUGAACAGCUGCAGGAACAGGAAAAACCUGUUGAACAGCUGCAGGAACAGGAAAAACCUGUUGAACAGCUGCAGGAACAGGAAAAACCUGUUGAACAGCUGCAGCAACAGGAAAAAACUGUUGAACAGCUGGAUGAACCAGAAGAACGUGCUGAACAGCUGCAGGAACCAGAAGAACCUGUUGAACAGCUGCAGGAACCAGAAGAACCUGUUGAACAGUUGCAGGAACCAGAAGAACCUGUUGAACAGCUGCAGGAACCAGAAGAAUCUGUUGAACAGCAGCAGGAACCAGAAGACCCUGUUGAACAGCUGGAGAAACCAGAACCUAUUGAACAGCUGCAAGAACCAGAAAAACCUGUUGAACAGAUGCAGGAACCAGAAGAACCUGUUGAACAACUGCAGGAACUAGAAGAACUUGUUGAACAGCUACGGGAACCAGAAGAACCUGUUGAACAGCUGCAGCAACCAGAAGAAUCUGUUGAACAGCUGCAGGAAACAGAAGAACCUGUUGAACAGCUGCAGGAACCAGGAGAACCUGUUGAACAGCCUCAAGAAUCAAAAAGAAUUGUGGAAUGUCUGAAAGAACAAGAACUUGUUGAUAAGAUACAAAGGCCUAUUGAACGGCUGCAAGAACGGGUAGAAUAUGUUAAACAGCUGCAAGGACCAGAAAAACCUGUUAAACAGCUGAAAGUACCAAAGGAAUUUGUUGGGCAACAAGAAGAAUCGGAAGAACUUGUUGAACACUUGCAGAAACCAGCUGAACGUGUUGGACAGCUGCUGGAAUCGGAGGCUAUUAAACAGCUGCAAAAAAUACAACAUCCUAUUGAACAGUUGCAGGAGCCUGUUGAACAACAGCAGGAAUCAGGGGAACCUGAUGAAAAACUUAAAAAAUCAGAAGAACGUGUUGAACAGCUGCAAGAACCAGGAGAGGUUAUCGAACAGCUGGAGGAGCCUAACGAACAUCUGCAAGAAUUAGAAGUUGUUGAACAGCUGCAGGAGUUUGUUGAACAUUUACAGGAACCAAAAGAUACUGUUGAACAGCUGAAGGAACAUAAUGAACAGCUGCAAGAAUCAAAUGAAACUGUUGAACAGCUGCAGGAAUCAAGGGAAGGUGUUGAACAACUGCAGGAGCCCAUUAGACGGUUACAAAAACCAGAGGAAAUUAUUGAACAACUGCAAGAACCACGAGAAAUUUUUGAACAGCUGGAGGAGCCUGUUGAACAGCUGCAAGAACAAGGAGAAGUUGUUGAACAGCUGCAAGAGUCAAUAGAAAGUGUUGAACAGCAGCAAGACUCAGUAGAAAGUGUUGAACAGCUGCAAGAGUCAGUAGAAAGUGUUGAACAACUGCAAGAGUCAAUAGAAAGUGUUGAACAGCUGCAAGACUCAGUAGAAACUGUUGAACAGCUGCAAGACUCAGUAGAAACUGUUGAACAGCUGCAAGAGUCAAUAGAAAGUGUUGAACAGCUGCAAGAGUCAAUAGAAAGUGUUGAACAGCUGCAAGAGUCAGUAGAAAAUGCUGAACAGCUGCAAGAGUCAGUAGAAAUUACUGAACAGCUGCAAGAACAAGGGGAAACUCUUGAGCAGUUGGAGAAGCCUGUUGAAUGGCUGCAAGAGUCAGAGGAAUUUAAACAGAUGCAAGAACCACAAGUUCUUCAGCAGCUGCUACAACCUUUUGAGCGGCUACAAGAAGCAGGGGAAGAAAUUGCUGGACAGCUUCAAGAACCACAGGUUACUGAACAAGUAUUGGUGUCUACUGAACAGCUUCAGAAAUCUGAAGAAAUUGUUGAACAGCUGCAAGAUCAGGAAAAAGUUUUUAAACAGCUGCAGGAACUUACUGAACAAAUGCAAGAAUCAGAAGAAAUUGCUGAACAUCUGCAGGAGUUAGUUCAGCUGCUGCAUGAAACAGAAGUUGUUGAACAGCUACAGGAACCAAUUGAACCAUUGCAAGAAUUAGAUGAAACUGUUGAACACUCGCAAGAACAAGGAAGAGUUUUUGAACCGCUACAGGAGUCUAAUGACCAGCUGGAAGAGUCGAAAGUUGUUGAACAGCUGUUAGAACCAGAAGAAUCUAAUGAACGGUUGCAAGAACAGUCGCAAGAACUAGGAAAACCUUCUGAACAACUGCCAAAACCAGAAGAGACUGGUGAACAGAUGCAAGAAUUGGAAGAGCCUGUUGAACAGGUGCAUGAGUCUGUUGAACAAUUGCAAGAAACUAAAGAAACUACUCAAGAGUUGCAAAGGUCGCAAGCAGAGUUGCGGAGAUUACCAAUCGUGGAGCAAAUGAUUGCUUCAGAGGAUUUAGCUGACCUGUUACCACAGGAGUCAAGCAUUCCUGAACAGCUGAUUAUGUCCUCAGAUAUUACCGAACCCUCACAAGAAUCAAUGAUCAAAAUAACUCAACACGUAGUUGAUAAAGCAGCUUUGGAGAUGACACAGCAUAAUGAGGAUUCAUCUGAGACAGUGGAUCGAAAGUCAGGUGUUGUGGCCUCAAUAGAACCUGACCUGCCUCAGCGAAGCUUGGCAGAAGACUCAGAUAACGAUGAGGACUUCCGACCAGUUUUCGAGGACGCUCUAGAAGACUUGCCAGAAAGCAAAGACACAAAGCACAGCAGCCAACCUACUGGACAUCGCACAGCGUUGAUGAAACUCGGAGAGUCUGUAUUCUUCAGUAUGGACGAUGAUUCGCUUUCUUGGUCAGAGAACCAAAAUGUAAACCCUAGGAAAGAGGGAACGUCAGAAAUCGUUGCUGAAGUACACGAAUGUCCCAAAUAUAUAAAAGAGCCAAUUGAAGCCAUAAUGGCAAUUGAGAAAUUAACACAGCAAGAGACCAACCUUGAGACUUCAAGAACACAGGAGCUGGGACAACCAGUGCUUUCGCUACACACUACCACAGAACCACAAAUUUCUUCUGACAUUAUAACGGAACCACAUAUUUUUUAUAGUUUAGUAAAAACAGAGAUACCACUAGAUUCUCUACAAGAGUCAGAGACACCAACAGACUUUCUGGGAGAACCAGAGACAUCAACAGACCUUCUGAGAGAACCAGAGACACCAGAAAACCUUCCGGGAGAACCAGAGAUAUCAACAGACCCUCUGGGAGAACCAGAGACACCAACAGACCUUCUGCUAGAAUCAGUGACACAAACAGACCUUCUGGGAGAACCAGAGACACCAAAAAACCUUCUGGGAGAACCAGAGAUAUCAACAGACCUUCUGGGAGAACCAGAAACACCAGCAGACCUUCUGGUAGAACCAGUGACACCAACAGACCUUCUGGGAGAACCAGAGAUACCAAAAAACCUUCUGGGAGGACCAGAGAUAUCAACAGACCUUCUGGGAGAACCAGAAACACCAGCAGACCUUCUAGUAGAACCAAUGACACCAACAGACCUUCUGGGAGAACCGGAGACACCAAAAAAUCUUCUGGGAGAACCAGAAAUAUCAACAGACCUUCUGGGAGAACCAGAGACACCAAAAAACCUUCUGGGAGAACCAGAGAUAUCAACAGACCUUCUGGGAGAACCAGAAUCACCAGCAGACCUUCUGGUAGAACCAAUGACACCAACAGACCUUCUGGGAGAACCGGAGACACCAAAAAAUCUUCUGGGAGAACCAGAAAUAUCAACAGACCUUCUGGGAGAACCAGAGACACCAAAAAACCUUCUGGGAGAACCAGAGAUAUCAACAGACCUUCUGGGAGAACCAGAAUCACCAGCAGACCUUCUGGUAGAACCAAUGACACCAACAGACCUUCUGGGAGAACCGGAGGCACCAAAAAAUCUUCUGGGAGAACCAGAAAUAUCAACAGACCUUCUGGGAGAACUAGAGACACCAACAAACCUUCUGGUAGAACCAGUGACACCAACUGAUCUGGGAAAAACAGAGACAUCAGUAGAUCUCUUACAAGAACCAAAGACAUCAGCAGAUCUCUUACAAGAAGCAGAGACAUCAACAGAUAUCAUACAAGGACCAGAGAAAUCAACAGACCUUCUGAGAGAACCAAAGACAUCAAUAGAUUUCUUACAAGAACCAGAGACACCAACAGACCUUCUGGGAGAACCAGAGACACCAGCAAAUCAUCUGGGAGAACCAGAAACAUCAACAGACCCUCUGGGAGAACCAGAGAUAUCAACAGACCUUCUGGGAGAACCAGAAAUACCAACAAACCUUCUGGAAGAAUCAGAGAUACCAACAGACCCUCUGGGAGAACCAGUGACACCAACAGACCUUCUGGGAGAAGCAGAGACACCAACAUAUUUCUUACAAGAACCAGAGACACCAACAAACCUUCUGAGAGAACCAGAUAUAUUAACAGAUCUUCUGGGAAAACCAGGGACAUCAACAGACCUUCUGGUAGAACCAGAGACAUCAACAGAUCUCUUACAGGAACCAGAGACAUCAAAAGAUCUCUUACAAGAACCAGAGACACCAACAGACCUUCUGGGAGAACCAGAGACAUCAACAGAUCUCUUAAAAGAACGAGAGACACUAACAGACCAUCUGGGAGAACCAGAGACACCAACAGACCUUCUGGGAGAACCAGAGACACCAGCAGACCUAGGAGAAGCAAAGACAUCAAUAGACCUGGGAGUACCAGAGACACCAAAAGAUCUUCUGGGAGAACCAGAGACAUCAACAGAUCUUUUUGGAGAACCAGAGACUUCAACAGAUCUCUUACAAGAACCAGAGACAACAACAGAACUUCUGGAAGAACCAGAGACACCAGCAAACCUUCUUAGAGAACCUGAGAUAUCAACAGACCUUCUGAGAGAAACAGUGACAUCAACAGACCUUCUGGGAGGAUCACAGACAUCAACAGAUCUUCUGGAAGAACCAGAGACAUCAUCAGGGCAUUUGCAAGAGUCAGAAAUUUCAUUACAACUUUCGGAAGAACUAGAAAUAUCAAGAAACUUCCUGAGAGAACCAGAGACGUUAACAGACCUUUUGUUAGAACCAGAGACAUCGACAGAACUUCUGGAAGAACUGGGGACAUCAACAGAUCCUCUGGGAAAACUGGGCACAUUGACAGAUCCUCGGAGAGAAUCAAUGGACCCUCUGGGAGAAGAACCAGAGCUUCUGCCAGUACCAGAAACAUCAACAGAUUCCAUGGGAGGGCCAGAGCCAACAGACAUCAAAGGACAAUCAAAAACGCCAUUAUGUGUUCUGAAAGAACCAGAAACAUCUACAAAUGUUCUGGAAGAUGUCGAAACGAAACAAACAAAAACUAAUGAAGUUCCAGUUUCAACAAUUCACUUGUCUCCAGUUGUGUCUUUCAAUCCAGCAGGAAGUACGACGCCCUGCUUUGCCAUCCCCGGGCUGGUGGUUCGUCCUCCUACCUCAGAGAGCGAGCAGCAGGAUUCUGACGAAAUAGCUACCGCCACCACCACCUCAGAGAGCGACGAAGUGGCCCUUGAUGACACAAGUGUUGAUGCCAACACAUACAUUUCUCUUCAGGAUGACGUAGCGUUAGAGUUUCUUUCUAAUCAACGUAUUACUGAGGGAAAUACCAAAGAGGAAGCAUCCGAGACUGAGAAACCAAAACUCAAUAUCCCAACACUCAACCCGCCUUUCUUCCUGGAGGACGAUUCACAAGAAGAACCUGAACUCAUGGAUCUAGAUUACAGCAGCAAUCCAAGUCUGGAGUCUGAGUUGGUAGCACCUUUACCACUCGAUACUGAAACUCCCCUCGGUCCCCUUGACCAUCAUGUCGAGGACUUGGAGGAGCAUCGAGGUUCACCGUGGCUCAUGUUCACAGCUAUCUCUGAUUACAUUCGUUCUCGAUCACCUUCGCCACUUAGUAUGUUUUUCACUGAGAGUGUCUCGCAGUCAGUAUCCCGCGAGAAUGACUCUCUACCUCCUCUUGACACAAAUGAUUCAGCCCAUGAACCAGGGGAACAGCAUGAUUCAUCGAGUCUUUUGGCUCAGAAUGACACAACACAAAGUUUGUCCGAGUCUGUUCUUUUUGUGCAGCCGCCAAAAUCUCUGCCCCUCACUGGAGUUGUACACACAGCUUUACAGGACACUCCUCAAGAGGCCAGCGACACCCUAACAAGCCUAACUUACGAGACAGCUUCUGAACAUGCCUCAGUCGGGCCGUCACUUCCUGACCUCACUCCUGAGGAAAUUCCGGACCUCCCUCCUGACUCCUUCAGAAGUCAACCUCUUGCUGGGCCUCCCGCUUCCAAUGAGUCUGCCCCAUCAACUCUUCACUAUAUUCUACCAAUGACAGAGACUGCUGUAGCACCUCCUCUUUCCAUGGAAUGUCUAGGACUCCAUUCCACUAACGAAGUCGGCGAAGACAGAUACUUGAGUGAUACUUCUUAUUCUGAAACAGAUGAAUACCACGAAUCAAAAACGAACAUUCUUGGGAGAUUACCAGAUGAUGGCAACGCUUUAGCAUGUAUUGCAGCAGAAUGUAAUGAGGAACAAGUGGUUAGUCUCUCCUCCCAGCACGCAUCGAAUUCAUCCUGUCAUGAAGAAGCUAUUGGUGUGGACACUACUGCUGAACUUCUCGAAGAAAAAACAAGUAACUUUUCCAAAGAGGUAACUGUGGGUAACGAAGAAACUAAGAACAUUAUUACAGAGAACAUCAUUGAUCUCAUGAAGGAGACCACUGACGUCUUGGAAGAGAAGACUGUAGUGCCUCUGCAGGAAAAUGCCACCAACAUCCUCAAGGAGGAAGCUGUAGAUAUUGUGCAGGAGACCAUCGACAUCCAGAGGGAGGAAGCCACAGACUUUGUGGAAAAGGAGAUUACCAAUAUACGAGAGGAAGAUGCUGCAAACCUCGUGCAGGAGACAACCAACAUGCAGGAGGAGGAUGCUGUGGACCUUGUGCAGGAAACGACCAACAUCCAGGAGGAGGAUGCUGUGGACCUUGUGCAGGAAACGACCAACAUCCAGAAGGAUGCUGUAGAACUUGUGCAGGAGACAACCAACAUGCAGGAGGAGGAUGCUGUGGAACUUGUGCAGGAGACAACCAAAAUACAGGAGGAGGAGGAGGAGGAGGAGGAGGAGGAGGAGGAGGAGGAGGAGGAGGAUGUGGGCCUUGUGCAGGAGACAACCAACAUCCAGGAGGAGGAGGAUGUGAGCCUUUUGCAGGAGACAACCAACAUCCAGGAGGAGAAGGAUGUGGGCCUUGUGCAGGAGACAACCAACAUCCAGGAGGAGGAAGAUGUGGGUCUUGUGCAGGAGACAACCAACAUCCAGGAGGAGGAGGAGGAUGUGGGCCUUGUGCAGGAGACAACCAACAUCCAGGAGGAGGAGGAGGAUGUGGGCCUUGUGCAGGAGACAACCAACAUCCAGGAGGAGGAGAAGGAUGUGGGCCUUGUGCAGGAGACAACCAACAUCCAGGAGGAGGAGAAGGAUGUGGGCCUUGUGCAGGAGACAACCAACAUCCAGGAGGAGGAGAAGGAUGUGGGCCUUGUGCAGGAGACAACCAACAUCCAGGAGGAUGCUAUGGACCUUGUACAGGAGACAACCGACAUCCAGAAGAAGACUAUACACAUUGUGCAGGAGACAAUCAGCAUCAUGAAGGAGGAGACUAUACACAUUUUCCAGGGGGACACAUCCAGCAUCAUGAAGGAGGCCGAAGAAGCCACUGAUAUCCUAAGUGAUGAGGUCGUUGGUCUGCAAAAAGAAAACGAUCUAAAGGACACCAGUGACAUUUUGCAAGGGGAGUCAAGUAUCUUUCAGCUUGAGUCACAAGGUGACAAGCCUGUAAAUGUAAAUAAUGACCAAAUGAUGAGAAGAGGCCUUCUCUCGACCAGCACUCCUUGGAAUAGCAUAUGUCAGGAUUCGCAUGAAGAGACAUACGACGCUCUUGACACAGACAUGCUCAUUGAAAAAAUUUCUAAGGUUCAAGAAACACUUGCAGAGGAGAAACAGCUUCUUGAGAUUCACUCGGAUUCGCCCUAUACCGGACAGACUGAAGAAACUACUUUGGAUUCACCCAUAGAUGAUAAAGUGAGUGGGGUGCAAGAAGUACCUGCAGCAGCCUGGAAAACACCAAUACCUGCUGCUGAAAUAAAUCAGAAGAGUGAGGAGGACGUCGUGAGCGAAGGGGAUAGUGCCAAAAAGACCGUGGAAGCGCUGCCCUUGAUGACAGUGACCACAGAAAUAGGACAAGAGAGCAGUUGUGAAUCGGACUCUGAUGACGACAUGCGCAUCGGCCCUAUUAAGGGCACCCGGCCUUUGAUUAUCCCUCUGUCUCCAAGCCCCACCAAGAGUCCCAUGUCAACCUCUGAUAGUGACGAAUCCCAGUCAGAGUCUGACGUUACCACAGAUGAAGACGAAAUUGAUUUACCAGGCAAGAAGCCGAGAUCAAAGUUCAUUAGGCCGGCCCAAAGUCACAUGACCAAGCUCCACACCAUUCCAGAGUUAUCGGAGGACGAAGACGAAGAUGUGCCUCUCCGGCCUCCCAGAUUAAGGAAGUUAUCUCUCGGUAGGCUGAGACUGUCUGAUGGGCGGGGAUCAGACUCUCCGAGGAGCGGUGGAACAUCACCUAAGGUCUUUUCUCCGAAAGUCGGGAAAACAGCACCUGAAUUCUUCAAGAAAUUUGAAGGCAUGAGUGAUGGCAGCGCAUCGUGCUGGACAAUGCAAGAGGAGCAGGAGCCGCCGCCUCAGGGCACCGAAGAGAGACCCAUUCCAAUGCAGAAAUUCACGCGCACCCAGGCAGUGGUUUUAGAAUCUUCUAGCGACAGUGAGGAUGAAGCAACUCAGAAGACCAUGACGUAUGGACGGCGCACUUACGUCGUAGGGACGUUAUCGGGACCACGCCGUAAAGGAUGUGAAGGCAAUGAAAGGCGCGACAGCAUUCUGAAGUUGGAUGCUGCAGCUAGGUUCUCAGAAACCAAGAGAGAAGUAGAGUCAGACGAAGGGAGUGGCGCCGAGACUCCCGCCAGUGCCAGCGAUAGUGAACCAGAAGAUCCAGAGAGAGAAGGGUUAAACUGUCCAGGACCCACCAGGAUGUCAAAUGAAUCUCAUGAUACGCUGAAAGAUAGAGUGUGCGCAGGAGUUUUCCCUGACAAGUCUGAAGGUGAGACGCCCAUCCUGAAGACGUCUCACGGUCCUGGCCUCUCCGAGGAAUCAUCUGUAACACGCUCUCUCACAGUGAACUUUUUAGAAGAAGUAAACCAAACCUCUUUCUUUCCUCCCAUGGAGACUCUUCUCUUCCAUACCCAAGACAACACGGCACAUUCUGAUUCCCCAGAAUGUGUGGGCCAACCAGAUUCCACAGUGGCAGAAGAGGAACCUAAGAGAGGUCAUUACAUCAUCACUGCCCUGGGGGAAGAGAGCGUCCUCACUGAGCACGCCUUCGCUCCUCCCAUGGAAAUGCUCCUCCUUCCUGGACUAGAUGAGACCGUCCAAGACAAACAAUCUGAGGUGGAGCUCGCAGCAGCCAUCCUACCAUCUGAGCAUCCUGGUUGGAAAGAAGAGUCUGCUGUAGAGAUGAAUAUUGAAAAGCAGGAGGAGGCCUUAGUAACCAGCGGUAACCUUUGUUCCUCAACACCGCUAGAAGUAGAAAACUUUGAUCAAGCCCCAGAGUUAGGAGCAUCUUUAUCACCAGUUGACACAGGUGAUGAAAAUUUAUCUAUGACAGACACCAAGUGUGAGGAAAUUUUGGAGUCAUCCAUUGUGGAAGUGCAGGUCAUGGGUGUCCUUAGCAACGUAACGUCUCUCAGCACCUUUCAUUCUAAGACUUCAAAUGACGGAACCGCAUAUGACGAAACAGAGUCUGCCACAGAUGACGACCGACAAGAGAGAAGAAAAUCAUUUGAUGAGCCCCUAAAAGAUAAUAAACAUGCGGUUGGGAGGGAUGUGUUGGACUCUGGUGAAGGAGAGAUACGCGAGAUAACAAAGACUCUUGUCCAUUGUGGUAGUAGUGGUGAUACUCACCCAGACGGCGUCGAGGGACUCACAGACGAGAUCAGCAAUGACAGACGCAGUGACGACGACGGGGACUGUGCAGGGGAGCUCACCAAGGAACAGUUGACCUUUUUUCAGAGUGGUGGCCUGCGACGCCUGGCCAGCUCCAUGGAUGUUAUCGAUGCUACCAAGACGGUGCUGGUGACAGGUGAUCCAGACUCUGAGCGGUUGCUACACGGGCGAGUUUCCCCACUUACCUGUCCCUGGGACGGGGAAGACCUAUUCUCUCCAAGGCGGCAGAAAAGACCUCAUCUCUCUCAAGGACCUGCGUCUCCAAGCCUGCCCCCACGUCACUCUGGCCCCCCCACACAGCUCUAACGACCAGGACUCUCCGGUGCGGGUCGUCCCGUCUCCUCCCCUCCCCACCGAUCCUCCCGCACACCAGUCGAAGGGUCUCCUACACAGUCCUACCAGAAGCCUCUUGCGCACCAGCAGCGAGAGCCUGGUUUCUU